AUGCCACCUGAGAUCUCGCUCGUCGGCGUCGACUGCAAUAUAGCAUCGAUAAAUGGCCUUGUAAAUAUUGGCACUCAUCGGCUGCAUGUCCAAGUCGCCGGCCCACCCCGAAAGGAUGAUCAGGACCUCAUCAUCUUCAUCCACGGCACAGCCAGCCUCCUCGAGUCAUACGCAGCUACGGUAAGAGCCCUGGCCACCAAGCAUCGGGUCCUAGUAUUCUCUCGAUCUGGACUUGGCUACUCUGACCCUAGACCCUCAACCAACGACGAACCAACCCCGCCGACACUCGACGACAUCGCCAUAGAGCUCAGCUCCCUGCUCUCUACUCUGAACCUCAAACCACCCUUUGUCCUCGUCGGCCACUCCUGGGGUGGCAUGAUCUCUACGCACUGCAUCGCCAACACUUCCUCCGGCGUUAACAUCCCAGUCCGCGGCCUCGUCAUCCUCGACGGCGGCGCCCCAACUCACACCACCACCUCACCAGGCCCCUACAACUCCUUCGCCGAAGACCCCGGCACACCCUGGGCCCAUCCCUGCGUCCAGCAGGUGAUUCAAGGCAUCGUAACCUUUGACCGCAUGAACCCCUUACCCAAACUCGCCCUGAAUACCACCGAGCACGAAGCGCUCCGCCACGCCAUGUCCCGCUCCCAGCACGCCAAAGGCGCCCAAAUCGAAUUUCAAGCCCUCUUCAACUCCUACACCCCCUUCAAAGCCCACGGCUACCUCGACGCCUCUCCCACCACCAUCUCCAGUCCCACCCCCAUUCUCAGCCCCACCAUCCCCCUCGCCCUAGUCCACUGCCAAGCCUACCUCGAAUUCGACUCCCUCAUCGCCGAAGGCCUCUCACGAGGCAACGGCACGCCGUCCGAGCGAACAGACGCGCAGAACCUGCUCAAGACCUGGAAGGAGGACACGCUCGCGAACCAGCGCCAGUUUUUGCGGUUGCAGCCGGAUGAGAAGCUGAGGAGGGCGAGCAUGGCGAGGGAGGGCACCACGCAUAAUGUCCAUACCCAGGAUCCGGCGAGUAUUCUGGGGGCGGUGGAGUGGGUUUUGGCGACGAGGGCGGAACUUGUUGGGUCGUGA